GAAAUCUUGAGGUGUGACCAGUUUUCAGCCUUCAAAACCAAGAUGAACUGCCCUUGAGAAGGGUGGUCAGAAGGGAAACAUGUUCACGCUCUCUCUCCUGAGCCGGGGACAUGGGAAGUUGGUCCAGAACAAACAGAAGCUAGAAGUCUAUUUUGAACCAGAGGAUUACUUGAACUGGAAGUCCCCAGAAGAUUAUGUCCUGGUCAGCAAACCGCAGGAUGAUGGCAUUGCCAAUCAGCACACCUGGAGCCUCUUUCUUCCUAAAACAUUCAGUACUAGAAAAGGAGCCCUGAUCCUCUACUCAGAGGGUUUAGCCUUAUCAGCAUGGACACCUGAAGGGACAAGAAAAGGCCCCUACCACCCCAAAGGCCACAGGAAGAGGCUGGGUUUUGAACUGCACACACUUCAGGACCUCAAAGAAGCCAUCCUGGCAUAUGGAAGGGGACAGCAGGAGCAGGACAGAACCUGGCAACCAUACCUCCACUUCCGAAGCACAUCUGAGAGCCAGGCCCAACGGCAGAUGCACCCUGGGUAUUCAGCCAAGAGAUACCUCCGAGGCCUCUUGCGGACAUGGCCCCCUGACACCAUGUACAGGCUCCAAUGUGCAGGAUACAUCAAGGAUUCUGUGCUGCUCCAAGACAGUCAACUUAAUGUCCCAAAGACUCUCAGGCCACAACAGGAUCUUUCAGGUGUACCCCCAAAAUACCAUCUCCUGCCUGUCUUCCCUCCAUUUUGGAUUCAACAAGGAAAAUCUUUUGAACAAGGUCAGCAGGGCCUGGAUGAAGGGGAAGCUGGGGCUGGUGGAUGCAUGAACCAGGGCCCUGGAGCCAAAAAUCACAGCCAGGGGAUUCACUUACCGCCACUCAGGAAGCAGCCAUGGCACGAAGAUGAAACCCAGGCAGAGGACACAUCAAUACAGAAUCACCAUCGUAUACACACUUCAAAGGAAAGCCACAAUGAAAAAAUACAGCCAACUUCCAGAAGGGCCUUUGGGCAUGCCCGCAUUGAUCAUUCUUGGCUCCUGAGUGACAAAUCCCACAUUACAUUCUAUGGUGGGGCCUUCCCCAAUAGAAAGGCAGAUCUCAGCGACAGACAAGGGAAUAUAAAACUCCACAAGGGCAGAAGCAGCCACUUGUUACAGGAGCCUCCUGCUGAAAGAUGCCUUUUUCCCCCUCUAGCAACUGCCACUGGCUCAGAGAAAAACACAGCUGGGGAAGUGAAGAAGAAAAAGGUGCCAAAGGCUUUGAAAUUACCUCCUAUCUCAGAAGAACCAACCAGAGUUCUGGACCCCUUGAGGAGUCAAUUUAAAGCCAAUGAACCUCCAGCAGAACUCUGUAUCUUCCCAGUGGAGAUUCAUUUCCACACCCAACACCCCUCAAAAGAAAAAUCACAUAGAAGAGGUGUUCCACACCCUGAGUCAGGACCAGAAACAGAAGAAAAGGCCAGACCUUUAUGGAAAUCUCCCCUGAAGCAUGCUUCCCUAGAAAAGCCAAGGGAGUUAACGGUGCAUCUCCCAGUGGACACGGGCAGGGACAUGCUCUCACCUCAAGAUGAUAAUGCCUCACCCCAAAAUGUGACACCAUCAUCGACCCUGAUUAAAGGAAGAAAAAGUCCAGAGAGCCAGAGGGGCCUGGACAGCCCCAGGACAUCAGGCCACAGCAGCUCCACAGGGCCCAUGGACAUGAAAAGGGCCAAGGGAGCACUUCCAGCAGAAGGACAAGAAGAUUCCAGAGACCCCACACUGGGACACUUCUCACUGGGUCCAGAUGGAGAAAACAUCUGCCUGUCCCUUCCUGGGCCUACUAAAACAGAGGAGCCUCUUUCAGGUAAAGCCUAUGAAUCUGUCAAUUCAAAUACCAGCCAUGAAAAGGAGGGGUCCGGUAUUCAAUGCCUCCUAAAAGCAAACACUGAAUCCAGAACCUAUCUUCACACUAAUCUUAAUGAAAACUCAUCUUUGACCCAAAAGCCAGAGAAACAGGGAGCCCAGCAGUCCUUGGAGGCAGCAGCUCAGAAGACAGGAGAGCCUCAAAGUUGUAUAAAUAAAGGGCUGAUAUGUUCAAACAGAAAAGAAUUUUACACGCGCAAGCUGCACAUCGACAUGACGCCGUUCCUGAAGGAAAAUGGAGAUGAACUGGACAAUCAUGAAGAACCAGGAGGACCCCUCAGAGAAAAUCAUCAAGACACCCAAGACCAGGAGCUGAAGAGUAUGAACCUUGACCCUCCUAGUGCUUCCCUUGCUGAGCACAUCCAGACCUUUGAGUCAGAUGCUGUCCAAAAGACUGCCAGAGAUUAUGAUGUACAUGACCUGCACAGAAGACUCCCAGGACACGAGUCCCUAGAGAGGUUGGGUCCUAAAGACACAUCUCUUCUUCCAAGAGGAAGAGAAGGGGAAACUGAACCACGACUGUUCAACCAUCGGGCACUAGCCAACAUCAGUGAGAUGGAGUUGAUUGGCAAAGCCAAGAAAAAGAAAAGAACCAAGACAGACAAGUCCAAGGGAGAAGGGAAGAUCCACAGGAAAGCAGAGGCUGCUGCUGGAAAGUUAAAGGAAUCAAAGACUGAAAAGAAAUUGGGGCUAAUUCCCAAAGAAAGGAAGCCAAGAACCAAUAGGAAAAAAACACAGAAGAAAAGGAAUCUGGAAGUAGCAGCAGAACUGAAUGAACCUGAUGUCAUUAACUCUAAGGAAAUAGAAGACACUUCAGAUAGAGGUUUCUCUCCUUCAGGUUCUCUUGUAGAGGACCCUUGGCUUUCCUCCAAGUAUGAUGCUCCAGAGAGCCAGGUGUCCAUAGAUGGAAGAUCUUCACCCACACAGGCUGUACCUGUCACUAGAAACAUGGAAUCUAAAGAAGAAAGAAGCUAUGAUGACCCUUCAAAGGCCCUCCUCGCCAAGAGGGAACAAGAAGAAGCUUCCCGGGACAGGCGGAGAGCAGAGAGGGCUGAGAUGAGACGCUUGGAGGUGGAGAGGAAGAGAAGGGAGCAGGAAGAGCAGAGGCGGCUCUUGCAGGAGCAGCUGCAGAGGGCAGAGAAGAUGAAGGAGGAGCUGGAGCUGGAGCAACGAGCCCGCACGGAGGAGAUCCGCCUGAGGAAACAGAGACUCGAAGAAGAACGGCAGCAGCGGGAGGAGGAGGAGAGGAAGCAGCAGCUUCAGUUGCAAGUGGCCCAGGAGAGACUCCGGCAGCGACAGAAUGAGUUCCGGAGGAAACUGCAAGAACUGCAGACACAAAAGCAGCAGGAGGAAGCCCGGAGGGCUGAGGCUGAGAAGCAAAGGCAGAGGGAAUUGGAAAUGCAGUUAGCAGAAGAACAAAAACGCCUGAUGGAAAUGGCUGAAGAAGAACGGUUAGAGUACCAGCGGCUGAAACAGGAAGCAGAAGAGAAGGCUCAGCAGGAAGCAGUGGAGAGAAGGCAAAGGGAAGAGGAAGCAGGGCGGCUGGCCCUGGAGGAAGCCAUGAAACAGGCGCAGGAACAAGCCAGGCAAAAUGCUGCUUUGAAGAAACAUCUUCAGUUCCACCAAGAACUCUCUAAGGAAGCCAGUGGCCUGCAGUGGACACAGAACAUUUCCAGAUCAUGGGUGUACUCUUACUUCCAGUUCCUAAAAAUACCGAAAACUUAAAGCUAGAAGAAACCUUAAAAGAAUGGUACUUCUACAAUCCAGAUGUCAAGCUUAAUCUCAAAUCUGUACUGCUGUUAUGGGACUUGCUGAGAUUCGAUGCUUACUUUUAACUCCUUUAUGUGAAAAAGAAAUAAAAUGGCCAAAACACUA